UCGCCGCAUCCAAUCCAUCCGCCACAAGUCCACACCCGAGCUUAAACUAGUCCCUCAAGAACACACCCGCACUACCACUCCACUUCACUAUAAAUACGGGCUGCGAUCCUCUGCUCCUACGCGCCCCCAGCCAAGCAAGCAAGCGAGCGACCAAGAACUCCAGCAACCAGCGAAGCUAGCUGACCAGUGAUCGAUCACAAAGCUCCGGCAGCAGCGCAGCUCUAGCGUAUAUAUAUCUAUGGCACUGUCCAUGGCGGCCCCCGCGAUGGCAGCCGCGCCCGCUUUCCCGAGGCUGACGAUGCCGCUGCCGCCGCCGAUCAUCACGCUCCCGGACGCCGCGGUCCCGGUGCCGCCGCCGCUCUCGGUCGUCGGCAGGCAGCGCGUCGCGGCGAAGCACAAGGCCGUCGUGGUGCUCGGCGCCACGGGCACCGGCAAGUCGCGCCUCGCCAUCGACCUCGCGCUGCGCUUCGGCGGCGAGGUUAUAAAUUCCGACAAGAUGCAGUUGUAUAAGGGGCUGGACGUGGCCACCAACAAGGUGUCGCCCGGCGAGUGCGCGGGGGUGCCCCACCACCUGCUCGGCGUCGCGCACCCGGACGCCGAGUUCACGGCCGCGGACUUCCGCCGCGAGGCGGCGCGCGCCGCGGCGGGCGUCGCGGCGAGGGGCCGCGUCCCCGUCAUCGCGGGAGGGUCCAACUCGUACGUCGAGGAGCUCGUGGAGGGAGAUCGCCGCGCGUUCCGGGAGCGCUUCGAGUGCUGCUUCCUCUGGGUGGACGCGCAGCUCCCCGUGCUGCACGACUUCGUGGCGCGCCGCGUCGACGAGAUGUGCCGGCGGGGUCUCGUCGAGGAGGUGGCCGCGGCGUUCGACCCCCGCCGCACCGACUACUCCAGGGGCAUCUGGCGCGCCAUCGGCGUGCCGGAGCUCGACGCAUACCUCCGCUCGCACGGCCUCGACGGCGUCGGCGACGACGAGCGCGCGCGCAUGCUCGCCGCGGCCGUCGACGAGAUCAAGGCCAACACGUCCCGCCUCGCCUUCCGCCAGCGCGGCAAGAUCCAGCGGCUCGCGCGCAUGUGGCGGGUCCGCCGCGUCGACGCCACGGAGGUCUUCCUCAAGCGCGGCCACGCCGCCGACGAGGCCUGGCAGCGGCUCGUCGCCGCGCCAUGCAUCGACGCCGUCAGGUCCUUCCUGCUGGAGGACCAAGAAUACAGUAGCAUGGUCACCGCCGCUAAGGCCUCCAUCUUUGCCUCCAGGGCCGCUGCCGUCGCAGCCGCGGUUGUCUAACACGUGGAACUCUGCCUCAACACAUGACCAUGUCGCUGAUGCCAAUCUCCAUUGGCGAUCUUCGCAGAGCUCGUCAGCUCAGCAAGGUAGCAACACCGGAAUGGCUGCAUGCUCUGCUGCGGUCAAGCUCGCGGUGACCGGGCAGAGCAAGCCUGUCCAUAUAGUUGACCCUGUUCCGGGGGAAGUAAUUAUUUUCUCCCCCAUUUUCUCUGUAAUUUUUGUACGCGAUGAUCGGUUGAGUGCGAGAGCGAGUUUUGAGCAUGUUCCAAGAGUGUGUAGUAGGCGGCGGCACUGUUGAUGCAACCGGCUCUUGCUGUAAAAUAGAGAGAGAGAUCUUGGUAAAAGUUUCAUGAGCAGAAAUGAUUUCUUAUGAGAUGAGAUGUGAAUAUUUGCUAGUCAGUAU